UGAAAAUUUGUUUACCACUUUACGAUUUUCAAUAUGAAUGAGCCAGAGAUUUUGACAGAGGUACCAAGCACAUUAAAGAGACUGAUUAGAUUAGUGGUCAGAGGGUUCUACAGUAUAGAGCACGCCAUGAUUAUCGACCUUCUAGUCCGCAAUCCCUGCAUGAAAGAGGACGACAUUGUGGAAAUUCUCAGAUUCGAGAGGAAACAACUCCGAGCUCUUAUAAAUACCUUAAAAACAGAAAAGUUUCUCAAGACAAGAAUGAAAAUGGAAACUGAUGCUGAGAACAAAUCGACUCGCCAGACAUACUACUUCAUUAAUUACCAAGUGUUUGUCAACAUUGUCAAGUAUAAACUAGAUCACAUUCGCAGGAAGAUUGAAAUGGAAGAAAUGCACAACACUAGUAGGGCUUCUUUCAAAUGUCCCACUUGUGAAAAGACAUUCACUGACCUUGAAGUCAACGAGUUGUUUGAUGUUAUGAGUGGGACGUUCCGAUGUACGUUUUGUGAGAAUGAGGUUGAGGAGGAAGCCGGGGCCACAUCGGUCCAAGACACGCGAACUUUACUUGCCAAAUUCAACGAACAGAUUCAGCCAGUGUUUGACUUGUUACAAAAGUGUGAUGACAUCAAAUUAGCCCCAGAGCUUCUGGAACCAGAACCCACAGAUCUCAAUAGAGUUCACAACAGGUCACAUUCUUCAAAGACGUCCAAUGCAGACAGGGGUGUUUGGAGUGGUGAUAAGAAUAGGACCACCAACUAUAACCUGGGAUCUGAUGCCACCGUCACCAUCAGCAUGGGAGGGGAGGGGGAGACAAAGAAAAGUGAGGCAGUUAAGGAGGUGCCGAUCUGGAUGUCACAGAGUACUGUAGAGGGGGGACAAGAAGACAGCAGGAGCUCUUUUGUCAAUGAGGAAUCCAAACCAGCACAUCUAGAGGCAGCCAAUCGGUCAGCAGUCAACAGCGAGAUUGAAACUCUCCUAUAUAUUCAUGAGAAGAAGGGUGGGGCUCCUGGGGGCUCUCUACCUGGUCAGAGAAAUGACAGCUCCAGUAGUGACUCAGAGGAAGAGACACCUAAAAUCUCAGCACCGUCUCAUAAUACAGUUGAGGAGAUGGAGAGUGAGGAGGAGGAUACCAUGGUAACCAUUGCCGGGAAGAAAGUGCCCCUCCAUGAAGUUACAGAUGAGAUGGUGGCCAAAAUGACUCUAGAGGAAAAAGAAGAUUACAUACGACUGGGUCAAGAACUCUAUCAAAACAUGUAUGAGUGACCUGUACAUUCACAUUAUUUACAUGUAUAAUGUUCAAUAAGGAAACCUUUGUUUCCUUGUACUGAAUUGAAGCACAAGAUCAGAAAUGUGCUCUUCACUUUGUGCCGAUGAUGCUGAUGGCGAUUUAUGAUCACUUGAUCCUACAGCAAUUCACAGAAAAAAACGACUCUUUCAAAGGUGUUUGUUGUACCUUUAAUUAUUUAAUUGUAUCUGUCAGUGAAAUUUAUUGGCUCUUAUAGAAAUUAAAUAUAAUUGUACAUAACUGUAUUUGUAAUUGACGUAUUUCAUUCAAAUCAUUUUGGUAGAACAUCUUGUAUGUGUACAGUUAAAAUCUAAUUAAAUGAAAUUUAAUUCUUA